GCUCGCCACGUCAUUCGCCGUUUGUGGUCAAGAUGAUGUCCUUGCGCACGCUCCUCAAGAUGACGCUGCUCCUGGCGGCGCUCGUCGCCAUCCAUGGCCUCAAGGAGAAGGCCAAGGCCGUCGGUGGCCUCGUGCCCGAGAUCGGGUUGACGGAAGCGCAACUCGCCACGCUCGGUUACGUCAAGAAGAACCAGCAUUCGUCGACGUCGCUUCAAGUGACGCCGCGCAAGCAUGCGCCGCAGUUCCACGACGUCAAGGCUGUGGUCGACGAGAAGUUUACGACGGUCUCGCUCGACGACUACAAGGGCAAGUGGCUCGUGCUCUUCUUCUACCCGUUUGACUUUACGUUCGUCUGCCCGACCGAGAUCGUGAGCUUCAGCGACUCGAUCAAGAGCUUCCGCGCGAUCAAUGCUGAGGUGCUCGCGAUCUCGACAGACUCGCACCAUACGCACUUGGCAUGGAUCAAGACGCCCCGGGACAAGGGUGGUCUCGGCAAGAUGAACAUCCCGAUCCUCGCCGACAUCUCCAAGCGCAUCUCAUCCGACUACGGGGUCCUUGUGACGGACGAAGACGACGAGAUGUUUGGUGCGGCGCUCCGCGGUCUCUUCAUCAUCGACCCCAAGGGCGUUGUGCGCUCGAUCCAGAUCAACGACGACCAGGUCGGGCGCAGCGUCGACGAGACCUUGCGCAUCCUCAAGGCCUUCAGCUACGCCGACAGCCACCCUGGCGAGGUGUGCCCGGCCAACUGGACGCCCGGCUCCAAGACGAUCAAGGCUGAUCAAGAAGCCAAGUACGCGUUCUUCGAGGCGACGUACGGCAGUGAGAAGGAGCUUUAAGUGCUCUCCCUUCAUGGGCUGCUGCACGCCAUCGAAUUCGCUUUCGAGAUGGUAGUCUUUUUGCUCGUUGCGUCCCAGCGGUAUACCACGAAU